UCGUACAUAAGUAUGCACAAGUCAUCAACUGAUGAAUUCAUGUAUUUGUUCAUAGCGUUAAGGCCCUUGAUGAGGGGGUUUCAGUUUUGUCGACCAGUAGUUGUUGUUGACGGUGCACAUCUUGAUGGACCUUAUAAAGGGACGUUUGUAUCAGCUAGCACACUUGAUGGGGCAGGUUGCAUAUUGCCGUUGGCGUAUGGUAUUGUUGAUACGGAAAAUGAUUCAUCAUGGACGUGGAUUUUUCAGAAUUUCAAGAAUGCAUUUGGAGAGAGGGACAAUAUGUGUGUUGUAUCAGAUAGGAACGAAAGCAUAAUCAAGAGUGUAAGCAUGGUAUUUCCCAAUGUUCCUCAUUUUGCAUGCAUAUGGCAUAUAUGGAAAAAUAUGUGUACUAAAUACAGAAGGAGCAAAGCUGUACUAAGUGACAUCUUCUAUUCAAUGGCCAAGGCAUACCAAAAAGAUGAAGUCGAUAAAUUAAUGGCCAAAGUUGAAAGAAUUGAUCAACGGGUGGCACAAUAUUUAAAAAAUGCAGGAUACGAAAAGUGGUCAACGGUUCAUGCCACUGUCAACAGGGAUAAGAAAGACUGGACUGCUCCGAAGGAAAUUUUUGAAGAAAUUGUCUUGCCGCCAAUAUACAAAAGGAUGUCAGGAAGACCAAAGAAAGGGAGAAAAAAGUUCGCUAAUGAGAAAAUAACAAGUAGCACAAAUUCUUGUAAUUUCAUUCCUAAAUAG